GCGUGUCUCUGCGCGUAUCUGCUCCUGGCUCCGCUGGCUUUCCUUGGAAGUUCAGCGCCAACUCGGUCGCAAAGCACACGCGGAGACGUGGCUGUCUACGGACGGCAUGGCAAGAGGGGCGCUGGUGGCCCCCGCCACAAGAAAGUGCCGGCGGACAUUGAGUUCGAGUACAUCCCGUACAAGCGACAGGGAAAGAAGAUGGUUCCUGCUAGCCUCUUUGCUGUUUCAUGUCCUGCCCCGGAGCCUCGAGCCCUUGAGACCGGCUGGAAGACAGGAGUUUUCAGGCAGUCACCGCAGCGGGGACGAACACACUCUGACUUCUCCUUCGUUUCACCGUCGCCCGAGUUUCAAUCAGAUGUCUUGGUCUCUGUCAGGUCUACUGCCAUCAAGUCGAAGAAUGAUACACAAGACGUCAGCUCCUUUGGAGGAGACUUUCCGGGUUUGCCGCCACCUGCGACGGGUCAGAAGGGCCUCGUGAACCUUGGAAACACCUGCUACUUGAACAGCGUUCUGCAGUGCCUCAGCGUCUCGAAGCCGUUCAGCGACAACCUUGUCACACUCUCUCAGGAAGGCCUGGGAGGUGUUGGGGCCUCGCUUUGCUCGGUCUUCCAGGGCCUCAGAGGCAACGGCAACCAGGGCAAGGCCAAGGGCGGCGGCAACGGCGCCUUCUCGCCAAAGCAGCUGCUGGCACAGAUUUGCUCCAAGUUUCCUUGGUACAAAGGGCACGAUCAGCAGGAUUGCCAUGAGCUCCUACGCACACUGCUGGGCUCAGUGGCAGACGAGCCCACGGCCACGGAGAAGAAGCACAAGAAGGAGGGUGGAGCGCAUAUCCCUUGUGGCGAAGCAGAGAAGCUGGUCUGGCAGAGCUUCCGCGGGCACACCUGUGCAGCCGUGCUUUGUUGGAAGUGCCACCGGAUCUCGGUAAGGGUCGAUCCGUUCCUUGAUCUUUCUGUGGAGCUGCCGACCUGCGAGGAGCAGCCUGGGCUUCUAGGUCUUCCUGGCCGAAUCGCACAGCUGGAGGUCGGUGGCAGCUCUUCCUCGACAGCCAGACCCACGAAAUCCAAGGGCCGGAAGGGCGGCACACCGGCCGACGCCGACAACGCCGCAGACGCGGACGUCGACCCUCAGUCGGAG